AUGGAUGAAGUCACUCUUCAUUGGAAGAGACUUAGUUUUGAUGAUGAUGGUUGCAUCAAAGAAGAAUCAAGUAUCUCUAUUACUUCCAAAUUGGAGGCGAUACAAGACAGGUUUUCGAAGGCCGAUGACAACAUGAAACUAUACAUCAAAGAACAAUUGCGGAAGAUUGGCUUUCCAGAAACAACCGACAUGAAACCGCCGUCUCAACCGGUUAAAACAAAGGGUGCUCCGAAGAAAGUGAAGUUUACGUCGAAUGACAACUCGACUACACGGGAUCCUUCAUAUUGUACAUAUUGCUCCAAAAAUUCAUCAAUCGAAGAGGUGCAUAUUGCUCCAAAUAUUCCAUUCAUCGACGAGAUGUCGGUUUUUAUGCACAAAUACAUCGAUCGGAUCGUCAAUAUGGUUGGGGACGGUAAUUGCGGAUUCCGGGCCGUAUCAGCUUUGCUUGGUAAGGAAAAUGAUGACCAUAAGCUUGUCCGUCUUGAACUUCUCGAAGAGUUGAUGAACCAUAAAGACUCGUACACGUGGGUAUUUGGAGACGAAACCAAAUUUGAAUCGGUCAAUGAAGCUCUUGUUCCUUGGUUGGGCGCUUACGCACCAAUGUCAAAAUGGAUGAGAUUCAUGGAAAUGGGACAUCUUAUUGCAUGCGCAUAUGACAUGGUAUGCAUUGACUUGACACGAUAUGGUUUUUCGAAAACCUUUUUCCGCUCCGCACCGCACCUCCUACAAAUUUUGGUGAUUGUAUUAUGUGUGUUGAUGGCUCGCAAAAUCAAAACAUUUUGUGCAAGUUUACUUGAAACUGGAUGCUCCAUACCACAUACGUCACCGAAAUGGGCACUUCAUCAUACCGAAGCUGUCGAUACGUGGCCGAAUCGUUUUGUGGAUAUGAUGCACGAUUCGAAAGGUUGA